GUGGGAGCAGGCAAAAGCAAAAAAGAGAAAACAGAGGAGCUACAAGUCUGCUUUUCUUCAUGGCCCAGGACACACAGCUCUCCUGCACAAAUAACUCAGUCUUCUUGCACCCAACUAUCACCAGACACCUGCAAAUCAGCUCCCUGCAACCUUGGCGUUAUCAGUACUGCACAAAGCCCUCCUCAACAAACAGCAUAAACACCACCCUAUAAAAUUUUCAGCAAGCCUUUGUUUCUUUGCAGUCAGCUUCUGCUGACUAGCUCAUUGUCUCCCUGGCAACGUGUUUUCCUACUUUCUCUAAUAAGUCUGUCUUCCUUUACCCACAACUGUCUUGCUAAAUUAUUUUACCCCUGCGCCAGCGGCUGACGUUUCUCCACAACAGAAAUGCCCUGGUUUUAAGCAUUAGUCUUGUCUCUAACUCUGGAGUUAAAGGUUCUGUCCUUUGCUAAGAGAAUUUGUUCCACUGGAGGGUAUGGAAAAGUGUGUUUGUGGUUCCUAAAAUCUAUGGGUAGGUAGAUGUUUACUGACUCUAUUUCAUCUGAGUGCUCACUUUUUGGUCUUCAUAACACAAAGUCAGUGUUUUCAUAGAUAGAAAUAUCUGUGCUAUGAGGUAUAUUAGAGGCAAGCUGGGUUCUACCUGUCUAAUCUGACUUUUUCUCUCUCAUCUCCACAGAUUUCUCAGAGAAGAAUGGGUAUAAAAAACCGUUCCACAGUGUCUGGGUUUUUGCUAUCAGGAUUAACUGAACAACCAGAGCUUCAGCUGCCCCUCUUCGGCCUCUUCUUAGGAAUUUAUACAGUUACUGUGGUGGGAAACCUCGGCAUGAUCUCAAUAAUUAGGCUGAAUCAUCAACUUCAUAUCCCCAUGUACUAUUUCCUGAGUAGUUUGUCUUUUUUAGAUGUCUGCUAUUCUUCUGUCAUUACCCCUAAAAUGCUAUCAGGGUUUUUAUGCAGAGACAGAUCCAUCUCCUAUUCUGGAUGCAUGACUCAGCUGUUUUUUUUCUGUGUUUGUGUUAUUUCUGAAUGCUACAUGCUGGCAGCCAUGGCCUAUGAUCGCUACGUGGCCAUCUGCAGCCCACUGCUCUACAAGGUCAUCAUGUCCCCUAGUGUCUGUUCUCUGCUGGUGGCUGCUGUCUUCUCAGUAGGUUUCGCUGAUGCUGUGAUCCAUGGAGGUUGUAUACUCAGAUUGUCUUUCUGUGGAUCAAACAUCAUUAAACAUUAUUUCUGUGACAUUGUCCCUCUUAUUAAACUCUCCUGCUCUAGCACUUAUAUUGAUGAGCUUUUGAUUUUUGUCAUUGGUGGAUUUAACAUGGUGGCCACAAGCCUAACAAUCAUCAUUUCAUAUGCUUUUAUCCUCACCAGCAUCCUGCGCAUCCACUCUAAAAAGGGCAGAUGCAAAGCCUUUAGUACCUGUAGCUCCCACCUGACAGCUGUUCUUAUAUUUUAUGGGUCUCUGAUGUCCAUGUAUCUCAAACCCGCUUUUAGCAGUUCACUCACCCAGGAGAAAGUAUCCUCAGUAUUUUAUACCACUGUGAUUCCCAUGUUGAAUCCUCUGAUAUAUAGUCUGAGGAACAAGGAAGUGAAAAAUGCCCUGAUGAAACUUUUAAGAAGAAAAAUACCUUUAUCUCCAUGA